AUGGACGACGGAGUAGACCUUCCAAGCCACCUUCUGUUACCACACCCUGACAUCUCUCAUGGAUUCGACGAUUUCCUGAAGAGUACAGAUGCAUGUACUCACACACACACUUGCAAUCCGCCGGGUCCAUCGGUCGCUAUACAUAGCCACACGUGCCUCCACACGCACAGGCAGGUCAUAGCCUCUAGCGAAGAGCUGAGGACGCCUCGAAAACCUCUCGGAAACAGAGAGGCUGUGCGCAAGUACAGGGAGAAGAAGAAAGCGCAUGCGGCCUUCCUAGAGGAGGAGGUCAAGAAGCUGCGCGCCACCAACCAGCAGCUGCUGAGGAGACUGCAGAGGCAUGCGGCACUUGAGGGAGUUGAGGCUGAGGUGGCGAGGUUAAGAGGCCUCUUGUUUGAUGUCCAAGGCAAGAUCGAUGCAGAGAUCGGUGCCUUCCCGUUCCAAAAGCACCGGAGCUUUGGUUCUGUUAUUUGCACAGAUCCUACUCUUUGCUUUAUUAAUGAUGAUGCAGAGGUUGCAGUUGCAGCCCGGGAAGAGAGCUCCGGACCAACAAAUUUUGAUUUUGAGAUCGAUGAAAGUGGCAGUAUUUCACGUGAAUUAGAUAUCCCCGAAGUGGUUAGUUCCAUGGAUGCUGCUGCAAGCUUGGUGAACUCAGCCUCACUGGCUGAAUGA